AUGGAAUCAAAAUCUCAUCAAUGUUCUAUAUGUAAAAAAUCAUUCUCAAGACCAAGUAAACUUCAAUAUCAUAUUGCUUAUCAUCAUGAAAAAAAGUUUCCUUUCGAAUGUACUCAAUGUGGUAAACCAUAUUCAAAUCAAGAUCAUGUUAAUCGUCAUUAUCGUAUUGUACAUCAACAAGAAAAUAUACAAACAAAAAAAUUUACAUGUUUAAUUAAUAAUUGUACAAAAACAUUUGCUAAUAAACAAAAUCUUGAUCGACAUAUUAGAAUAAUUCAUACAAAAACUAAACUAAAACCUAUUAAGUGUUUUUAUUGUUCUGAAUUUGUUGAUUCAUUAGAAUUACAUUUAGUUACACAACAUAAUUCUAUUUCGAUAGAUAAAUUAAAAUGUAUUGAUUGUUGUAAAGAUUUUUCAUCCAUAAAACGAUUAAUUCAUCAUCGUAUCAUCCAUACAGAUGAACGUCGUGAAUUAGAUGUUCAAUGGACAAUGAAUCAAUUAUUAGCUGAUAUCGAGCGUGAACAAAUUUUUAAAUGUAAUUUAUGUAAUCGAAUAUUUCGUUCAUUAUUUCAACUUGAUCAACAUCGUAAUAGUAAAAUUCAUCAAGAAAAAUUUAUAUGUCAGCAUUCUAAUUGUGGAAAAAUAUUUCUUUAUAUGAGAAAUCUUCGACAUCAUAUCAAAAUUCAUCAUGAAGAAUUUUCUCGUUCAUCUUGUCCAUUAAAUUCAUGUUCAAAAACGUUCACAUCUCAAGCAUCAAUGUGUCGGCAUUUAACUCGAUGUCAUUCAUCGAAUGAUAUUAUUGAACAAAUAAAUACGAAACAAAAACAAUCUCAGAAACGACAGCAUAAUAUUCGAAGUUUAUUAAGUGGGUUUAAUACUCGAAAGUUAAAUCAAGAGAAUGAAAUUUCCCAACAAAUGAAACAAUUAUUAAAAUUAUUAAUAAAUGAAGAUAAUCUCGUAGAAAUAUCCAAUGAAAAUAUGGAUACACAAAUAACUCAAGAUUCUUUCAAUCCCGAUUUACUUAAAGGUUAUAGUGACAUUGGACUCGUUGAAUUGUGA